AUGGUGACCACCGGGGACCUGUACCUGACGGUGGCUUGUCUCGUUGUGGCCGCCGCCGCAGGGCGGGGCUGGUCGCAGCAACUGCCGGGGACGUGGGAAUUGCUGGUGCAGGAUGCCGGCAUUGCUUCCAUGCACAGCGCCGUCACCCGCUUCGGCACGGUGGUGCUCCUCGACCGCACGGACAUCGGCCCCUCGCGCCGCCUCCUCCCGCCGUCCCGCUGCCGGGUCGACCCCUCCGACCGCCUCCUCCCCAAACUCGACUGCUACGCCCACUCCGUCCACUUCGACCCCGCCACUCGCCAAAUCCGUCCCCUCAAGAUCCAGACCGACACCUGGUGCUCCUCCGGCCAGUUCCUCCCCGACGGCACCCUUCUCCAGACCGGCGGCGACCUCGAUGGCUUCAAGAAGAUCCGCGCCUUCCGCCCCUGCUCCCCUGACGAUCCCCUAAAUCUCUGCGACUGGGAGGAGCUCGACUCCCCGGGGCUGCGCGCUGGCCGGUGGUACGCUACAAACCAGAUCCUCCCUGACGGUUCCAUCAUCAUCGUGGGCGGCCGCGCGGCCAAUUCGGUCGAAUUCUACCCUCCUCGCCCUGGGAGCCCCCGGCCCUUCCCUUUCCUCGCCGACGCCGGCGACGCCCAGAUGGACAACCUCUAUCCCUACGUCCACCUCCUCCCCGACGGCAACCUCUUCGUCUUCGCCAACACGCGCGCCGUCCUCUACGACCACGUCUCCGGGGAGGUCCUCCGGGAGUACCCCCAGCUCGAGGGCGGCCCCAGGAACUUCCCCUCGGCAGGCUCCUCCGCCAUGCUGGCCCUCUCGGGGGACUUCUCCACUGCGGAGGUCGUCGUCUGCGGCGGCGCCGAGUUCGGGGUCUUCAUCCAGCGGUCCCCCGACACGCCGGCCCACGGCACCUGCGGCCGGAUCGUCGCCACGGCCCCGGGCGCCGCCUGGUCCUUGGAGACGAUGCCCUUCGCGAGAAUUAUGGGCGACAUGGUGAUGCUUCCCACCGGCGAGGUGCUCAUCAUCAACGGCGCCCAAUCCGGCGCGCAAGGCUUCGACCUCGCCACCGAUCCCUGCCUGAAUCCGGUGCUCUACCGGCCCGCGGAACCGGAGGGCCUGCGCUUUAUGACAUUGACGCCGACGGACGUCCCUCGGAUGUAUCACUCCACCGCCAACCUCCUCCCCGACGGCCGGGUCCUCGUCGCCGGCAGCAACCCCCACCAUUUCUACAAAUUCCAGGGGCCCUUCCCGACGGAGCUCCGCCUGGAGGCCUUCUCACCGGAGUACCUCUCCCCGGACCGGGCCAACCUGCGCCCGGUUAUCCUCUCGGUGCCGGAGAAAGUCUGCUACGGUGAGGCCUUUCAGGUGGAGGUGACGGUGGAGCUGCCCGUCGUGGGUAUCCUUGAGGUGAACCUUGCGAGCGCCCCCUUCUCGACCCACUCCUUUUCCAUGGGCCAGCGGCUGGUGAAGCUCAACGUCUCGCCACCGGCGUCGUCACCCGACUCGGUGGUGCACCGAUACAGCAUCGCCUGCACGGCCCCACCGAGCGGCGCGGUGGCGCCGCCGGGCUUCUACAUGGCCUUCGUUGUCAACCAGGGUGUCCCUAGCGUUGCCUGCUGGAUCCAGAUCAUCCCAUAA